AUGCUCAUACCUAACCCAACACAGUCUGGAAGGCCAAUGGUUGUUUUGGAGCUUAGGGCUACAGCUGUUGAACAUGCUGCAGGACACUUGGCGACGAGGCACUUUACUCGCGGGUGUGGAAUAUCCCAGCAGCCAGACUAUCAAUCAGAAUGGUUGACAGAGUUAUUAAGCGAUUACACAGAUCAAUACCAUGAAAGAAAACAACGAAGAGCAGCAUUCACAAAGGAUGAGGAUGCCCUGCGUGGCAAGAAUAGCAACGCAAACCUCAGAAUUAAAAGGAAACAAAAUCUAUCAGACCUUCGCGAAGGAGAAUCCAUCCCGCCCAGUCCUGGCGGGAUAGAGCUAUCCGUUGCGUACUCCCAAACCACACUACCACCCUCCUCCCACACUUCCCACCUCCCACGGAAAUCUGGAAAUAUUAUUUUGGAGUGCUCACGUCCUAUAGCUGACGUUUCAAAGUUUCUUUUGGAUUGGGUCAAUCCAGAGGCAUUAGAGAAUUUUGUAAACCGCUGGCUACGACUUCAAGCAUAUCUCAAUAAGGUUGCUAGUCAACUACGAGAUCUCUGA